AUGUUGGCUGAGUGCAGACACGAGAUGUCAUAUUGCGUGCGCAACUUUGAAAGACCGAGCCGACCGUGUCAGCUUGGUCUUAAAAAAGCACAUUUGACGUUUCAAGGCCGGAACCCGCGUGCCCCAACCAAAUUAUUACGACUCAGUUUGCAUGAUGCAUCCGGGCCGCAUGACAAUAAAAAUCGAGCUAUCUUGCAAAUCUCCACCUACAACUAUCUAUCUGUUUAUAUAAAUCUAGGAUAUCUUCGAGAGCCCCAAAAAUCGGCACUGCUCUUCAUGUUGAAGUUCGGAAUGGCAUCUACUCCUCCAGGAUUGUCUGAUAUGCAACAGAUGUCGACGAGUCACGUAAAUGCUCGCUUUCCGCAAAACCAGUACAACAAGCUGCCUAUACUCUCCAUAGAGACUCCACCCGAAACCCAGCAGCAGCCAUCCUCGGUACUUCCCUCCUACUUGUACGAGCACGAGGAAUUCAUCCUGUCUGAUCCGGUGGACUGUAUCGGCCUCUCACCGCCCCUUUACUACAAUACACAGUCAGCUGGAACGCCGAGCCAAUACGGCAAGCCGGGCGAUAUGUUUUACCAGUUGCCACAGCAGAGGGGUCAGCUUUCGCCCCGCGUAUCGCCUCUGGCCGUGCCGCAGACAUGUAUGCCAGCACUCAGCGACCGCAAAACAGCCGCGUCCACGAAAACGUCCAAGUCGGGAGCAGUUUACCCAUGCCGGAUAUGCGGUAAAGUGUUCCCCAAGCCGUACAACCUGAAAUCGCAUCAGAAGACGCAUUCUAACGAGAAGCCGUUCCCUUGCAAGUACUGCUCCAAACCGUUCGCCAGGUCGCACGACAGACGUCGACACGAGAAACUGCACGAAAACGACAAGCUCAAAUGUGGAGGCCUUUUGAGCGACGGGAAAACCACCUGGGGGUGUAACCGGAAGUUUGCGCGUCCGGACGCGCUCCGCAGACACUUCCGGACUGACACCGGCGUGGCGUGCAUCCGUCCAUUAAUGCUCGAUUUCCGCAACUCGAAGCAAGUCUACGAAGAGGCAGGCGAAGAAGACACAGAGCAGCUGAUCAACGACAUAGCGCAGGAGGCCGCCAUUGAGGCACUCGGCAUGAACAGCACUCGUGCCGGCAGCCAUGACGCCGACUCUUCUUACUAG